CUCUGAGCGAGAAGAUUGUUGGGUGCAUCAAGCGUUGGCAGAGUUGCGUCUGUUGAGAAGCAAAAGAUGACCGAAAACCUGAUACAGAACGAAGAAGCGAAGCGGAAGGACAUCGAUGAUUGGCUUCCCAUCACUUCCUCUAGGAACGCCAAAUGGUGGUACUCGGCUUUCCACAAUGUCACCGCCAUGGUUGGAGCGGGUGUGCUCAGCCUGCCUUAUGCCAUGGCACAUCUUGGAUGGGGUCCUGGAAUCACCGUCCUUAUUUUGUCAUGGGUCAUCACCUUCUACACUCUAUGGCAAAUGGUUGAGAUGCAUGAAAUGGUGGCGGGGAAGCGGUUUGAUAGGUACCAUGAGCUUGGUCAGUAUGCCUUUGGUGAGAAACUCGGGCUUUGGAUUGUUGUGCCCCAACAGGUAGUUGUUGAAGUUGGUGUGGACAUUGUGUAUAUGGUGACGGGAGGGAAAUCACUGAAGAAAUUCCAUGACACAGUUUGCCCAGAUUGCAAGGACAUUAAGACAUCUUACUUCAUCAUGAUUUUUGGUUCCCUGCACUUUGUUCUCUCUCAUCUCCCCAACUUCAACUCUAUUGCUGUUGUGUCACUAGCCGCGGCAGUCAUGUCCUUGAGUUACUCAACCAUUGCUUGGGCAGCUUCUGCUGCAAAGGGGGUUCGACCGGAUGUGGACUAUGGUUACCCAGCUAAAAACACAGCUGGAGUUACCUUCGACUUCUUCAGCGCAUUGGGUGAUGUAGCAUUUGCUUAUGCUGGUCACAAUGUGGUCUUGGAGAUCCAAGCAACAAUCCCUUCUACUCCAGAUAAACCUUCCAAGGGGCCCAUGUGGAAAGGAGUGGUAGUUGCAUACAUCGUUGUUGCCAUAUGUUACUUCCCAGUUGCUCUCCUCGGAUACUGGGUGUUUGGAAAUGAGGUCGAAGACAACAUCCUCCUCUCACUAGAGAAACCCGGUUGGCUCAUUGCAGCGGCUAACAUGUUUGUUGUUGUCCAUGUCAUUGGAAGCUACCAGAUUUAUGCGAUGCCAGUGUUUGACAUGCUGGAAACUUUGCUGGUGAAGAGAUUGGACUUCAGUCCUUCUUUCAUCCUCCGCUUUGUUACUCGCACUUUAUAUGUCGGGUUUACAAUGAUAGUCGCUAUAGCAGUCCCCUUCUUCGGUGGCCUCCUUGGCUUUUUUGGCGGAUUUGCUUUUGCCCCAACAACAUAUUUUCUCCCCUGCAUCAUGUGGCUCAUCAUCUAUAAACCCAAAAGGUUCAGCUUAUCUUGGAUCGCAAAUUGGAUCUGCAUUGUGCUUGGUUUUAUGUUGAUGGUUCUAUCACCCAUUGGCGGGCUAAGGACGAUCAUCCUUUCAGCCAAGAACUACCAGUUCUUCUCAUGAACUACUGUUCAGAGCCAGAUGAUAAUGACGAAGACUUUUACCCCCAAUGAGUAUCCAAGCUUAAUGUGGUGGAAGUUAUCUGCAUUUGCCAGAGCCUGCCUGUAGAUACGCGCUCUCUUAGGGGACAUGACAGUAGAAUUAGCAGUCUCAUCGUAGGAUUCUCUGUUUCUGCUCCUUUUUUAUCUGUUCAGAAUGUUUAUUAUUCUACACACAUCUCAGCAUUGUUGUCAUCAUGUGCUGAACUACAUAAGACUA